CUCAAGUCGCAGUAGGCCUGACUCCUGACUCUGCUGUAAUCAGUCAGUUCAGCUGUCAAGCCGAAUUAUAGGCUCAAUUUCAUUUUUUCAGACACGAGUGAACAGCUGUCGUUCGCCAUGAGUUCAACUUUGAUGCGGAAACUUCUGCUACUGAAACAGAAGGGGCCCGUCACCGUGACACAAGUGCGUCACCAUGCCCCCAUUGCUGGUCCACCACGAUUCCCACUGUCGGCCGGACAGAAGCUGAUCAUGGGCGGUGGCUCAUUGCUGGUCAUGAUGGUGAUUCCCUUCUGGGCUCUCUUCCAAGUUCCCCGUUGGUCCAAGCUGCACAAUGGCAUCGAGGAAGAGGAAAAGGAGGAGGCCCCGCCCUCUGAGGAGGAUCCGCCGCCACAGAAGGACGAAAAGAAAGAAGAAAAACACUAAACACGAGCACACAGAUGAAGACACUUUGGACACAAAACAGUGUCCAUCCACACGUUGUAAACUUUUAAACGGUGACUUCUGAGGGACUCUUUUACUGGGACCAACGCACACGUUAAUCUAUCCACACCCUCCACCCACCACAACACACACAAACUACAUGCAACAUUUACCAUUUACAAUGUACAAACUGCAGUCAGCGCUCGGCAACAGCGUGUAAUUAAAAGCGAUGUUAUUAAAGCUCAAAAGCAACUAAACAGAUCUUUAAU